CAUAAUGUGACCGAGGUACAGUCAUGGCUAUCAGCUAAGGGGCUACCUGCCCAUCGCGAUACACUGGAACCACUGGUACAGGCGUCACAUCUGUUGCAAUCGAAGAAAGAUGAAUCCAACCUUGAAACUUUAUGUGGUGAAAUGACUUCGAAGUUGAAGCCAAAGCAGGUGAUCGCCAUAUUGCAACACUAUGCGCCGUCGGAUGGUUUUGAAGAAAGGCGGCUAAGCCCUGAUUUUCUUGUUAAGGUUUCCGAACGAUUGAACGCUCGGACAAGGGCUAACGGCGGGACGGAAGCUGACAUUAAUACGCUGAUUAUGAUGGGCACUUAUCUGACACCGUUCAAUUCCGAGCCAUUUGUUUACUCAGACUUCAAUCUCGAGACGCUGUCGCUGCCAACAUGCUUGCACCUGCAGGCAGUGUGUAGGUUAUUGUGA